UGUUCUGUCACAGCGUUGGCCGGGCGGCUUGCGUAUAAACGUCGGCGUCUGCAAAUAAAAGCAUGAAGCAAUGUCGCACGUAAAGAUCAGAACGUGCUCCUUAAUACUGAAAGAUCAUUUUGGUCCCGUUGUACAGGCUGUCGGUGAAGCUCUCCUGAAAGUGUCAUGGAGAAGCUUGGGAGAAAUUGCAAGAGUGACCAAUCUGCCUCUUUCCAAGAUUAAGAAGUCCCUGAUGGUCCUCAUUCAUCAAAAUCUCGCGAACUUCGAAGCUCACCCAAGGGGAACUGUCAAAUACUCCAUAAACGCCGACCGCGUUUUAUACAUGGUCCGAUAUUCACGUUACAUAUACUGCACAAAGAUGCUGUAUGGUGAGGCAGGUGAAUUCAUUGUUGAGGAAAUACUUCUGAACGGCAGAUUGUGUAUGUCUAGUGUCCUCCAGAAAGUUUUGGAAAGACAGCAAGCAGCUGGCAUCGCAGAGAGUGUGAAGGAAAAGUUUGUGGACCUUGUCAAGACUGGCUUCUUGUGCAGAGUUCCGUAUCCCGACCCAAAUGCCCCAGCCUCAAAAAUACCUUCUCUUAUCUUGCCUGAUGAUGUCAUGUACAAGAUUCCAGAGGUCAAAUUGUAUCUGCUGAAGCAAAAGUUGGCUGCUGAAGCUUCUGAAGAGCCACCAACGAAGAAGGUUAAAAUGGAAGAUCCCCAGGAUGACAGACAGCCUGAUGAGAAGGAGUAUUGGCGUGUAAACAUUGAACGUUUCGACCAGCACCUCAGGGACCAGCUGAUUGUUGAGGCGUUGUCGAAGAGAAUGGGUGCAAAGGCCGGCGAGGUGGUGCGCACCAUGUUGCGCCUGUCGGAGACACGAUGCAACCCAAAAGACGCUUUUAGCGCCCCUGUCAGUCGCAGUGAGAUUCACCAGUUCCUGAAGCGAGAGACUACCUCCUCCCCACAGGAGCUGGAUUCCUACCUGAGCCUUGUUUCAGAUGAUGCUCUGGGCCUAGUGAGGCGAACGGAUGAACGAGGCGGCAUGUAUAGCGUCAACAUAGAACGUGCGCUGCGUCUCCUUGCGGAGAACGUCCUGGCAUCCAUAGUGCAGGACCGGUUCGGAGCUAAGAGUUGUCGCAUAUUCAGGCUUCUGCUUCAAAAGAAAUAUUUGGAGCAGAAACAGAUAGAAGAGCUUGCAAUGAUCACUGCCCGGGACGCCAAGGAAAUGACUUACAAAAUGUUCGAGGAGAAGUUUGUAUUGGCACAGGAACUUCCAAGAACUCCGGACUAUGCUCCUUCCAGAAUGAUCUACUUAUUUCACGUUGACAUACCACAGCUGAGCCGUCAGGUGCUGGAAUGGUGUUACAAGGCAAUGUCCAACAUGAUGCUGCGGAGGAUGCACGUCACAGAGGAGCAAAAGCGACUUCUGGACAAAAAGCAGCGGGUGGACCUCAUCUUAUCUACCAUGCGUCCAGAGAACUCCAGUCCAGAGCAGAUUGCAGAGGUCAAAGAAAUGGUUACACCCCCUGAAAGGAGGCAGCUGGCCUAUGUCAGGCAUGUCACAUCUAAUAUAGGACUUGGUGAAGUACAGCUGGAUAAAACCAUCCUUGUAUUGCAGCUCUACAUUAGUUCGCUGUUGAAAUAAAUCAUAUGAACAUUGCACUGACCCAUAA